AGCUUGGAAAAAUACACUAUGUGACUUCCACAUGAAUGUUGGGGUUUGCCCUAAAGAUAACUACCAUCUCAACAAAGCAUGGACAACAAUUGACAUUCGGAAUGAACCAAGCAAGUGGAACUAUAAUCUUGUGCUAAUUUUAUAGCUUCGAGGGGGAGUUUAUUUCAAUUCAAAGGGCAAAAUUAAGAAUCGUAUCAACCCACUUUGUCAGGUUAGAUACGAGUCAUACGACGAGGAUGUGGGAGCACGACAUAGAAAGAGGGCUUCGGGCCCUAAUGAACAAGUUGUAACUCGUAGCAACUAGAGUGUCUUGAAAACAUCUUCAUAAUAAGUGUUUACCUUUCUAGGGAUGCUAAACCUCCAUAUCGAAUGAGGAAUAUGUAAUAUGGAGCGUUGGUGUCCCAUAAAGUUAACCACGACUAAAAAGGUAGAUUGAAAUUGUAAAAAAAUAACAAUAUGCACGAUGCAAGUAUACCAUGAAUGAAGUUACCACUUGUAUGCGAGGAAAUCGUACAAUAGUACAAUAAUAAAUUACGAUAAUUCAGAUUUGGGGAUUGGAUCUUUGAUUUACCUCAAAUAAUAGUUAGAACUUAGAAGGACGUUGAAAAUCAAGAAGGAGAAGUUUGGGACCAAACCGGUCAGGUAUGAAAAGUUAGUACCGUGUUUCCAAUGAAGGAAACUUAUAGGUACUGGAAAAUAGGUUUUCCAUCGCAUUAGCAGUUGAGCACACUACCGACUUAAGCAAACCUAGGGAUGGCAAAAAUAUCCGUAACCGUGGAUAUCCACCCGAAUCCGACCUAAUCGGGUAGGGUAAAACCAGAACCCGAAGCAUUUUUCGUGGGUACGGGUAAAACCCGAACUCGAAUGUUGCGGGUAAUGGGUGGGCAUGGUUAUCUCACUAUCCAACCCAAACCCGCUCGAUUAUACACAUGUAUAUGUAUUUUGGCUAGAAAUAAUCAUUAUUUUUCUCUAGAAUAUUUUAUAUUUAGCAUAUAAAUAUAAUAUUUUCAUGAAAUUAUGUUGUUUUAAUUAAUUUUCGUCAUUCUAGUGAAUUAUUGUCGUAUUUUUCCUCUUACGUCAUGUGAGUAUACGUGUGAAUGUUAACAUAUUUGUUGGAAUUAUAAGGAGAAAUUAUUACCCAUAGAUAACCGUGGAUACCCGAAACCCGAACGGGUAUGGACAUGAUUUUGAUUUUCUACCUGUUUCUCGUAUUGGUACAGAUAUGGGUAAAACCCGAACUACAUUGGGUAGGGUAAUGGAUAUGCAAUAUCCACCCGACCCGAACCAUUGCCAUCCCUAAGCAUACCUAUAAAUAAUUGUGUCCAUUAUUACACUAUGCAGUGAUUAUUUCAUAAAACCUAACCUCCCCUGUUUUCCCGCUCGCUGAUCUUCUCCCCCAGAGAAACUCUGCAGCGAGAGAGCCACCGAACCUCCAGAGCCAGGGUUUUCUCCGAUCAUGGAUUCCAGCUCCGAUUUCCUUGCCCAGUGUUUCUACAACAGUUUAUCCCCAGAUGCGAAGCCCCGCAAGGCCGCCGAGGACGGACUGAACGAAGCCGCCAACGCGCCCAAUUUCGCCCUCGCCGUCCUCCGCUUGGUCGGGACGCCGACCUACCACGAGGACAUCCGUCGCGCCGCGGCCGUCAAUUUCAAGAACCACAUCCGGCAGCGGUGGGCGCCCGAUCAGGAUUCGGAAUUCAACCCGAUCCCGGCGGACGAGAAGAACCAGAUCAAAACCCUAAUCGUCACUCUCAUGGUCUCCUCUUCUCCCCGCGUCCAGUCCCAACUCAGCGAAGCUCUUUCCCUCAUCGGUAAGCACGACUUCCCCAGAGCGUGGACCUCUUUGCUUCCUGAGCUUGUCGACAAUCUCCGCCAGCUUGCCUCGCAGGGAAACUACAACUAUGCUGCCGUCAACGGUAUACUCGGCACGGUCAAUUCAAUCUUCAAGAAGUUCCGGUAUGAGUACGCGGAUAAUGAUCUUUGCAUUGAUUUGAAGUACUGUAUCGACAUUUUUGCUGCUCCAUUGCUCGAAAUUUUCCUUAGGACUGCUGAGGUGAUAAACUCAGCGGCGAAAGCAGCAGGUGCUUCCGUUGAGACUUUGAAACCCUUGUUCGAGUCGCAGAGGCUAUGUUGUAGGAUCUAUUACUCUUUGAAUUUUCAGGGAAUGCCUGAGUUCUUUGAGGAUCACAUCAAGGAAUGGAUGACAGAGUUUGCAAAGUAUUUGACAUCCACUGAUCCAGCUGUUCCCGAUGACCUUAGAGCUGCUGUGUGUGAGAAUAUUAUUCUUUAUAUGGAGAAGGGUGAAGAAGCCUUCUACCCCUACUUGAAUGGAUUUGCAGGUGCUGUUGGGAAUCUGCUGUUUAAGGUUUCCGAGGAACAUACCCGGGAUAGGUUGGCUGUGACUGCCAUUAAGUUCUUAACUGCAGUGAGUACCAGUGUCCACCAUGAUUUUUUCGGAGACAACGAGGUGAUACGGCGAAUUUGUGCGGAAAUUGUGAUCCCGAAUGCUCGUUUGAGAGAGGAUGACGAAGAAAUGUUUGGUAUGAAUUAUAUAGAAUAUGUCAGGAGAGAUAUGGAGGGGGACGAUCUCGACACAAGGAGGAGAAUCGCGUGUGAUUUGCUGAAAGGGAUUGCAACUAAACACAAGCAGCAGGUAACAGAUAUAGUUUCUGCUCUGAUACAAAAUUUGAUGAGUUCUUAUGAUGCUAAUCCAACUGAGAAUUGGAAGGACAAGCACUGUGCAAUGUAUUUAGUUGUGUCUCUAGCGAGCAAGAAAUUGAGGGGCGUAGAUGUUUUAACUAACGAAAUUGUUAACGUCGAGAACUUCUUUGGCCGAGUCAUAGUGCCUGAGUUACAGAGCCAGGAUGUUAAUGCAUAUCCAAUGCUCAAAGCUGGUGCUCUAAAAUUCUUCACCAUGUCUAGAACUCAGUUACCAAAGGAUACUGUGAUUAAUUUGCUGCCAGAUUUGGCUCGGUUCCUUGGCGCAAAGUCGAAUGUAGUUCACUCUUAUGCUGCCUGUUGUAUAGAGAAACUGCUACUGGUCAAGGAUGAUGGAGUGCGGGCAAGGUAUACUGCAGCGGAUUUGGGUAGUCCAUUCAUUAAAGUGCUGAUGAAUAACCUUUUUAAUGCACUGACGGUUGAAGAAUCUGAGGAGAAUCAGUAUAUCAUGAAGUGUAUCAUGAGAGUGAUUGGUGUGGCAGAAAUAAGUAGAGACAUUGCUGAUCCUUGCUGCAUUGGGUUGACCUCAAUCCUGAAUCAAGUUUGUAAAAAUCCCAAAAAUCCCAUCUUCAACCACUAUCUAUUUGAGUCAGUGGCCGUUCUCGUGAGGCGAGCAUGUGACCGGGACGUAUCCCUCAUACCAGAUUUUGAAGAAAAGUUAUUCCCCAGCCUUGAAAUGAUCUUGGUCAAGAGUAUCGCUGAAUUCUUGCCUUACGCAUUUCAACUCUUGGCCCAACUGGUUGAGUUGAAUCAGCCUCCUAUUUCUCCUAGUUACGAGCAGGUCUUCAAGCUCCUUCUCAAACCUGAACUAUGGAAUGCAAAUUCAAAUGUUCCUGCCCUUGUGCGUCUACUUCAGGCUUUCCUUCUGAAAGCACCACAGGAGCUCAACCAAGAGGGGAGGCUGAGCCAGGUGCUUGGAAUUUUCAAGCUGCUUGUAUCAUCCCCAAGAACCGAGGAACAGGGCUUCCAUCUUCUGAAUACCGUUAUCGAGAAUCUCGAAUUUCCCAUCAUCGCCCCGUACAUGGGUCACAUCUGGGCUCUCCUAUUCACCCGCCUGCGGCAGAAGGAGACAGUAAGGUUUACCAAGUCCCUCGUGAUCUUCAUGUCGCUGUUUCUGAUCAAGCAUGGUCCUGCAAACCUCAUCGACACGAUGAAUUCAGUUAAAGCAGACACAUUCGCCGUUAUUCUGAACGAGUUCUGGAUACCGAAACUCAAGCUGAUCACGGGACACAUUGAAGUCAAGCUAGUUGCUGUUGCAUCAUGUAGACUCAUCUGUGAAUCUCCUGUUCUCUUGGAUCCUGCAGCUCCUCGCCCUUGGGGCAAAAUGCUGGACGGCAUUGUCACACUUCUCUCCAAGCCCGAGGAGCACAGGGUUGAAGAGGAACCUGAAAUGCCAGAUGUUGCUGAAAACGUGGGCUACACUGCAACGUUUGUCAAUCUUUACAAUGCUGGGAAGCAGGAGGAAGAUCCUCUGAAGUACAUAAAGGAUCCCAAGCAAUUCUUAGCGGCUUCAUUGUCUAAGCUUUCGGCCGCAUCUCCUGGGAGGUUUCCACAGAUAAUCAAUCAGAACCUGGAUGCAGCAAAUCAAAGUGCAGUGAUGCAGCUCUGCAGAACUUACAACUGCCCAGUUGUUUGACAAGGUAUCCAGUGACACAUACAGGUUUUGAUAAUCUUUGCAGAGAAAUGAUCCCUUUCUAUGCAUUUUCUUCUAUUUUUGAAGAAAUUUGUUUUCACAGUUACAUGAUUCAGGUUUGAUUAGCGGAUUGAGUCCUUUCUCCUUUUAUGUCUUUCCUUUUUUCCCCUUGUUUUUGCAGACGCCAGCCAUUUCGAAUAGAUAUGUAGAUACCAAGAAUAUGGAAGAGAUUAGAGAGAGAGUUGAGUUGAGAUAGGGACUACCACGGUGGCCAUGUGCCCACCGCCAGCGGACUGACAGGGCAGCCGGUUUCCCUGUUGACGUCAACGGCGGCAUCAAUGAACGUAAGGGUUUGCUAUUAUAGGUCAUCGUUUUUAAUGUCUUUCCUGUACAACGACCGUUGGAGUUGGACAUGGAUAAGUCACCAAGCCGUCGUCUUCUAGGGCACAUAUGUCAUCAGAGGCACAGUUUUAGGUGUUUAGGUUUUCAUCUUUUUCAAAUUCGUGUUUUUGAGAAUUACAGGUACAACAAGACCAUACGUCAAUGGGGGUGUAGUUUGGUAUUUUAUGAUUCCUACUUUUUAAGCGUUUUGAUUAAAACUUUGGUUGCGAUUUUCUUAUUACAAAUUCGAUUUUUUUGUUUUUGUUUCCGUAAGUCUUAAUAUAACUCAUCAUUCUUUGGAUUCCCCGUAAAUAUUUGCGAGUGCUUAUUUAUAUACUCCGGAAAUUAGGUAAAAGUUUGUUGACGAAUAAAACAGGCUAACUAUAAUUGAUUUUUGCAUUUGAAGUUUGAACGCGCCGUCUCGUAGAUUGUUGAUCGAGUUCAAAUCAUUGAUUUGUAGGAAAGAAGGUAACGCCUCACGAAUCACAAUUAUCUGGGAUGUCUAGCUAACUGAUAUAACGAUCUUUGGUUUUGAUUCUAGAGCGUUGACAUUCUAGCCGUAUUUUGGUCAAAAGGGAAAUUAGUAAAUUACAACCUAAACAACUAAACAAGUGUCCGAUAAUAAAACUGUAAAAUUGAU